GGCUCAUUUUGUCUUGCCUCUCUGUCCAAAAUAAUCCGAAGUGAUUGCGUAUGAUGACUGAGCUCAUCAUAUGUUUCCCUAGCCAAGCGAACUUGACAGGCAAUAGCAGGCCAUAUAUUCCAAACUUACCGCUCUUCGAUAAAGCAACUUUAGGAACCCAAUUUCAAGGUUAUUGUAGUCCAUUCCGGCCAGCUUUAUCCAGCAAAUAAGUCGAUUUAUACUCUUAGACUACUCUCUGGUAGCGUGAUUACAGUCUGCCUUCUUUCCAGAUAUUCGCUCGGGAAUUAUCUCUCAGUUUCAUAUAUUUGUCAGGUAAGAAACCUGAAGGAAAUAUCUCAACUCUUCUUUUUUGUAUCGGCUCUUGAUUAUGAAGACUGUCUUUGCUGUCACCGCUUGUAUAGCAACGGCAAAUGCUUUAGUGACUCAAAAUGCAACCUGUUGCUUUAAUAUGACAGUAUCUGGGACCUCUUCAGGCCGUCUUGGACAGAUAGAUGAUGGCCAAACUCGUCUUGGUAAUAGCACGCUAGCUAGUCAGUUCUGUAUCGACUCUUCUGGUGGGAUAACAGAUGCGAAACACCGUGGUUGCUUUUUCACACCGCCUACCUCUCAAUUACAAUGUGACGAAGGAGCACAUCCGAUUCCUGGGUUUGCCAUUGAUUCAAGUGGGAGACUGCACCAUAAUACUUCCACGGACUUUAUAGCAUGCCAAUCUGGCCAGGAGGACCAAUUGAACAUCUAUACAAACCCCGCACCCUCGGAUGUUAGCAAGUGUCAAAAUAUCACCCUUGAAGCAAAUAACUGCAAGUCAACAGGGCCUUCGCCAAAUGCCCCUGCGGCGCCAGGUGCUCCGGGUAUCACUCCAGCAACCCCAGGUGGCCCAGUUGCUCCAGGUGCUCCAGCUCCUCCGAGUGGCCCUGGCUAUAAAUUCGACCACUCCACCCCCGGGAGUUUUCCCCCUCCGCCUCGACCCCCUGGAGGACAAGGGCCGCCUCCUCCCAUUGGCCCGCCUUCUAGCCCAUCAGGGACAGGCUGCCCAACUAACCUCACUGCUGGGCAUUAUGAAUUCCCGCACCUGAUCAUACCAAUCGAUAGUUCCUCUCCAUCUUCAACUCCUGGGACUUCUUUCAACGGCACUGUUACGUCGACAAUCUCCUCGAUAUUCAAUUUCGACAUUCCCUCGGAACUUUUCGGCAAGCAAUGCUCUCUAGUCUUUCUCUUCCCCACGCAAGACAAGCUUGAGACUUCGUCAUUCUCUUUCAGCGGCAAUGGUGCAAUUGACUUUGCCCAGCUUCAAUCUCCCGCUAGUAUACAGACCUCUGCUAGUAAUGCUCCAGCAGUGAAAACUAACUAUGGAAUCACGGUCGUAUCACCUGGUCAUUCGUAUAGCAUUACCAAUUUCUCUUGCCCUGGCGGUCAAACUAUCGCUUUUGAGUUGAAAAAUGCUGGCAGUACAAAUAUUGAUUGGUUUGAAGACUAUAAUCCUUCCCCAAUUGGCCUUUAUAUUACAACUUGCUGAAGGCCGUAGGGCUGUUCUCAAACGUAUUAAAAUAAACCAAGAGAUAUGAUCGCCAGUUAAAUUGCUUUGAGCUAUUAAAUAAUGAGCUCGGUGCCGUCAUGUACUUUUAUAUAUGGUGAAGAGUAGAAAAGUUCACAUCAGGUAACGGCGUGGUUGCUAGUCCUAUUGAUUCGAGACGAGCCGUGAUCUGAAAAAGAAGAAAGAGUAAAAGUGAC